UUUCAGGUAAUGUCAUUAAACCUAAUACUCGUAGCGCUGCCGAUGUUGGCUUUUGCCAUACACAUUGAUUGUUCUGAAGAAAGUACAUUUUUUUAUUUCGACAAUGAGUACAAUUUAUUCUUAUCCGUCCAAAAUGUUACCGAAGUUAAUCGAUACAUCGCCUUCAAAGUCGACACGAAUGCUGAUGAGACAACAAAAUAUAUGAUUUGCGUGCAACACCACAUGCAAUGCUUGCAAGCCAACGUUGAAACUCCUGAUAAAGUAGUCAUUAACAAAAAGAAACCCUCUGGUCAGGUUCGAUAUCUUGGAAAGAACAACUUUCUCUGUUCAUUUGCCUCUUCAGAUUUUCCGAACAUUUUCCAAAAGAAGAAACAGCUACUCGUCUCGAAAGGAGUAUAUCAAGAGCCAUUUGUGCUCAUCAAGGGUGUCAAUGUCCCGUAAAAAUUUCGAAAACGGGACAACGGGAAUUCCCGUUUUUUUGAAAACACUCAAAAACGGGACAAACUGGGCGGUUUAAAAAAAGAGUGCAUAGUUGGCAAAAAAUGAGGGAAAAUGUCCCGUUCCCGUGAAAAUUUUAAAAACGGGGAAACGGGAAUUCCCGUUCCCGUGAAAACACCCCAAAAACGGGACAACGGGACAAACGGAAAACGGGAAUUGACACCCUUGGUGCUCAUUAAGAGCAAAAAGUUGUUUCAGUUGAAUGAAAAGAACUUAUAUUUUGAAGAAAUCAAUAGCUUGUCAAAAAGCUCGAAAUUCAAACCUGACGGAGGUUCACACAUCUUUGAGCAAAAUAUUGAGCAGGAAUAUGUUCAGUUUUCGUAUCCUGCAGAAAGAGACUCCAAUGACGCCGCCGAUUUGGACAGCCCGAGAUGGGCCUUUCACGAACUUUUACACAAAACCACUAGACAUAUACGAAGUUCAACGUUUUCAGCAGCAUAUGGCCCAAGCUUGAAUAUGAAAACUUGGCCUGAAUGUGAAGAGUGCCCACGUAAGCUCCGCACGUUCUACUCUGACUUCCGAUUGCUCAUCUCCUCUAGUCACUCGUUUUUUCUUCGAAUUUGUCAAAUGAAUGGAAAAAUUAGAAGACGCUUGCACGCAGUCUCGAAAUUGUAACGGAUCUAUUGGAUGGCUUCAACAAAGAAAUCUUCCAUACCAACGCACGUUCCUCUCAAACUAUGACAUGUGCUCAUUUACUGUCACUCUGCCCGGAUCGAACGAAGGAUGGACGUUGGUUAAAUGAAAAGAAAUGGAGCUGUGAAUCAUGUACGAAAAUGAUCGAUAUUGCUAUCAAACUAUUAUCUUCAUCGGUCAACACAUCAUCAACGCAUUUCUCCCCCAAUUCCUCUGUCCGGACCAACGUAAAGAGUGUUUAUCACACACACACACAACAACGACCGUACUCUCAUCAUCAUGGCGCUACGCACAUUGGCCUAAUCUUCAGUCUUCAACACCGCCGCACGGGCCCGACGGCCAAUUAAAUGGAUGCGUCAAAUGUUGUGAUUCAAGGUUUUUUCCUUUAAUCACCCCUAAUAAGUUAAUUGAUUAAGAAUUUUUUGUUAGUCCUAUCAGUACCUCAUGGGUUGGAUACCACUCCGAAACAUACGGUACUUAAAAUUAUUGUUAAUGAACGUAGUGAAAAGUGAAGCCAUAAUUAAGUAGAAAACUUGUUGACUUUGUUGACUUGCUUACAAUUAAUUUUAAUAUUGAUGCUCUCUC